AUGCUGGCAAGUCGUACUGGCAAUGACAUUUGUGGAUGUCAAAAAAUCGGGAAAUACUGUCAGAAGAAGCAGUUUGAGGGCAUCUUCUUCGACGUCACUCGGACAUCAACAGGAAACAUGGGAACGUCGCAAAUUGUCAACAAAUCAAAUGUUGUUACUAAUUGGGCUACGGCCUUCAGGAGGUUGAUAGUCGAUGCGACAUGUGCACUGGGGACAGAUCGUGAUUGCAGCCACAAUAAAUCUAGGCAGAAUGAAUCAAACCAGCAAUGCUGGUAA